AGAGAGAAAGAGACAGGGAGAAAAUGAGGGUGAAAUUGACAAGUAUAAAGAGAUAUGAAGAAAGGAGUGGGAGAAAAAGAGAAGGGGAUAGAGAAAGAGGGGGAGACCGACCGUGAGGACCACGAGGAGAAAGAGAGAUGGAGAAACAGAGGGAGUUUCAGUGUGUUGGAGAAAAAGAGAGCUAGAGCAUUUCAGGAGUGUGUGUGAGUGAAUGUUAAAGAGUGCAAGAUAAUUAUGUGAUAGAGAGGGAAAGGGAGACAGAGACUCUGUGAAAAGGGGAGUGAGGAAAAAAUGAAUUGCAGAUUGAGGGACCUUCUCUCCUUCUCCCUCCCUCUUUUAUCUAUCUCAUCUGAAACCACGCCUCCCUCCUUUCACUUGUGUGUGCAUCUAUAACAGUAGGCUUUCAACGUCGGGCUAUGUGGGGGUUAGACUCUCAGACUGCCAGCAGAGCGGACACUAGGGCACAGGACAGGAGUGUGUCCAGGACUGGUCAGAGCAGGUGUGUGUGUGAACCGACGGACGGAGCUUUGUGUGUAUCCUACGUGUGUCGGCUCACUCGCUCCAACCAGGGACAUCGCUGCUGAGGAACACAGCUGGGAGACCUUGGUCUCUGAACACUGCAAGAGAACAUUUGAGAAGCAAAGGUGGAGUGAGGGAGCUGCAGCAGCAGCAGAGUGCCCCGUGCUACAGUGAAAAAGAGGUGAAGAACACAGGGUAGAGCCAUGGCAGGAUGGGGACUCCUUCUCCUCCUCCUGUGGGUGGUCUCCUUGGCCCAGGGCUCGUCCUUGUUCUCUGGUCAGCGCCACCGCACCCGUCUGCAGAGGGACCGUCAAGCACGCAACAACGUCCGACCCAACAUAAUCAUCAUCCUCACCGAUGACCAGGACAUUGAACUGGGCUCAAUGCAGGCCAUGAAUAAGACACGGCGUAUCAUGGAGCAGGGAGGCACCCAUUUCUCUAAUGCCUUCUCCACCACUCCCAUGUGCUGCCCGUCACGCUCCUCUAUUCUGACAGGGAAGUACGUUCACAACCACCACACCUUCACUAACAACGAGAACUGUUCCUCACCCUCCUGGCAGGCCCACCAUGAGCCUCACACCUUCGCUGUGCACCUUAACAACUCAGGGUACAGGACGGCGUUAUUUGGGAAGUACCUGAAUGAGUACAACGGCUCCUAUGUGCCCCCUGGCUGGAGGGAGUGGGUAGCACUGGUGAAGAACUCUCGCUUCUACAACUACACUCUGUGCAGGAACAGCGUGCGGGAGAAGCAUGGCAGCCAAUAUCCAAAGGACUAUCUCACAGACAUCAUCACCAAUGACAGCAUCAACUACUUCCGCUCGUCCAAGAGGAUGUACCCCCACCGACCAGUGAUGAUGGUCCUGAGCCACGCUGCCCCCCAUGGGCCGGAGGACUCAGCACCACAGUACAGCACUGCCUUCCAGAAUGCCUCGCAGCACAUAACCCCAAGCUAUAACUACGCUCCUAACCCAGACAAACAUUGGAUCCUGCGCUACACAGGCCCCAUGAAACCUGUCCACAUGCAGUUCACGAACAUGCUGCAGCGCCGGAGGAUGCAGACCCUGCUGUCUGUGGACGACAGUGUGGACAAGGUGUACAACAUGCUGGUGGAGACAGGUGAGUUGGACAACACCUAUAUUAUCUACACAUCAGACCACGGCUACCAUAUUGGUCAGUUCGGCCUGGUCAAAGGCAAGUCCAUGCCAUAUGAGUUUGACAUCCGGGUGCCCUUCUUCAUACGAGGCCCCAACGUGGAGGCAGGAGCCAUUAACCCUCAUGUGGUGCUGAACAUUGACCUGGCUCCCACACUGUUGGACAUGGCCGGAUUGGACGUUCCCUCUGACAUGGACGGUAAAUCCAUCCUGAAACUCCUGGACACAGACAAACCUAUCAACAGGUUCCAGGUGAACAAGAAGGGGAAGAUGUGGAGGGACUCCUUCCUGGUAGAGAGAGGGAAGCUGCUCCACAAGAGGUCUGAUGGGAAGGACUUGGCCCAGGAGGAGAACUUCCUGCCAAAGUACCAGCGGGUCAAAGACCUGUGUCAGAGAGCACAGUACCAGAGCUCCUGUGAACAGCCAGGACAGAAGUGGCAGUGUGUGGAGGACCCUUCUGGUAAGCUGAGUCUGUAUAAGUGUAAGGGCAUGGCAAGUCUCUAUGCCUCACGUAUGCAGGCUCUGAUGGCCAGCAGCGGGUCCCAGCAGUGGGUUGGACGUGUCUCCGAUGCUGGAGACAGCUGUGACUGUGGCCCCCUAGGCCCCAAACGUUCACCCCUGAAGAGGAAGAGACUGCUCACCAAGAAGAAGGUAAAGUCCGGUAAGAGUCUGACUAAGAACCGUUGGGCCCGGUCCGUUCCAUUUGAGCUGCAUGGAGACAUGUAUGCUGUGGACCUGGUUGAGGGCUACAGGCCUGUGGGCCUCAGGAACACCAGCUGGCCUGGGGAGAGGAGGAGAGGAGCAGGCCUGCUGGAGGACAACGAUGAGGAGUUCAGUGGCAUGGGAGUCACAGCAAGACCCCCAACCAACAAGAGCCUUACACCAACUGCCGCUCUUAAAGUCACCUACAGGUGCUCCAUCCUGAUGAAUGACACAGUCAGGUGUGAUGGAGGACUCUACAAAUCCCUCCAGGCCUGGAAAGACCAUAAGCUCCACAUUGAGCAUGAGAUUGAAACAUUGCAGACGAAAAUAAAGAAUCUGCGUGAAGUCAAGGGUCACCUGAAGAAGGUUCGGCCUGAAGAGUGCCAGUGUAACACCCCCAGUUACUUAUCCAAAAACAAAGGGAUGUUCAGACUCAAUGCAGGUCGCAUUUAUUCACUCAGCAAAAUGCCCUCUAAGCAGAAGAAGCAGUGGCUGAUGAAGGAGCAGAAACGCAGGAAGAAGCUCCGUAAACUGCUCAAGAGGCUCCGUAACAACGACACCUGCAGCAUGCCUGGUCUCACCUGCUUCACCCACGACAACCAGCACUGGCAGACAGCCCCCUUCUGGACAAUGGGUCCAUUCUGUGCUUGUACCAGUGCAAACAACAACACCUACUGGUGCCUGAGGACCAUCAACGACACACACAACUUCAUAUUCUGCGAGUUCGCUACAGGCUUCAUAGAGUACUUUGAUCUGAACAAUGACCCAUACCAGUUGAUAAAUGGGGUUAGCACCUUGGACCGCACUGCCCUCAACCAGAUGCACCAGCAGCUAAUGGAACUGAGGAGCUGCAAAGGCCACAAACAAUGCAACCCAGAGACAGGUAGUAAAGACAGAAACUCCUUCAGUGAAUACAGGCCAGUUCAGCGUCGAAAGAAGCCAAAAGUGAAGAAGCCCUCCUCCAAAUCGCUAGGGCAGAUUUGGGAAGGAUGGGUUGGUUAGCAACCUGUGUCGCACAAUCCACCAACAGAGUGUGCCAACAGAGGACGACCAGAACUGGAGAACCUGAGGACCUUGUACAGACUUCAUGGGAAUGUAACCUGAAAUAGCAUUAUUGUAGGAGUUUAUGGAAGAGGAUGCUGAUCCAACAUUAGCUACCACUGAUACUCAGAUCAUCACCCAGAAGAGAAAAUACUGAAACAGCCAAGAAAAUGAAAACUAUAACCUCUCCCGUCGUCUUUCUCUCUGUCUCACACACACACACACACACACACACACACACACACACACACACACACACACAUUCACAUCGGCACACACUCACACAGAAAUGUCCUUACCGCUCCUAUCUCCCCAGAUCUCAGGACCACCAACCUGAGUUGGAGACUCAUCAGUUGAGCGUGGAUACACUCUGAACCUUUACUUUGACUUUCAACAACUGCGCUGAGUGAACAGUGAAUGUGAGGUGUGUUUAAUAUUAGUUUCUCGUUAACGCCUUAACAUUGGGUGCCGAGAUUAGCUUAAUGUCAACUCUGCUGCUACAACCUGACAUGUAUCAUCCCUUAUGGCCUUGUGCCAUUAGUAUAUGGUAUAUGAUGUCAGGCAAUUACAUCAAGUCAAGCUUUGCACACUCACAGCAUGAAAAGUACUGUCAACAAAACAUCAGUACCCUGGAAACUCUCCUCAAGGCCCACAACUCAAGACUCCUCACCUCCUUUUAUUGGUGCUACGGCUACAGAAUGAUUCCCCCAGGACAUGUACUCCAUUCUUUUGUAUUGUAACUAAUAUUAACGUUGAUCAAAUUUCAUGCAAGGAUUAUUUACAGCCCCCAAGAAUGAGGCAGGUGUGAUGACGAUAACACACCAGACUGUAUGGGGAUGAAGCUGGUUAGGAUAUGACACAUCACAUCAUCAUCUAGCUUAUGCCCCCUAGUUCACUUCAAACUCAGGAUGGGACUUCUCUAACCAAUACCCCACCCUCCUAGACAAUGGUACAAACAAUUGGUAUAAACAUCUUCACACCAGCAGAACGCUUACAUUUCAUUAGUGGAUGUCAUUUUACUCCGUUGUAUUGCUAAUGCCACCAGCUAGGUCUGGUCAGGUUAGUUUGUUCAGCUUGCUAUACAUGGUGCAAUGAUAACAUUGUGAAAAUAAGGACUUGCUGUACAGUAUGUAUUUGAAUGUAUGUUGUGCAGUUAAUUUUUUAUAAUACUGAAAAGGAGGCAGACUUCUCUUUUGUGUUCGAUAUGAGUUGACAAAUAUGACCUUUUAGAUAAGAACUUAGCCUGAUGAAUUGUCCUAGUUCUGUAUUUGUCCGUUUGUUCUCUCUGCACAUCUUUCUGAAUUUCUUCUCUGCUCUGUCAAAACCCACUUUUAGUUUGAAAAAAAAUAAACGUAUUUAUGAUGAAAAAGCACUUAGAAAAUAUUCACUGUGAAAAGAAUUCCCUGUAAAAUGACUCUGCUCGUCUGCUGUACACAACAGUAAACAACACAACAAUGUAAUGCAGCUUGACAUGCAUAUUCAUUAUAUUGCCUUUUUUUGCUUUCUUCGUUUCUUAGCAGUGACACUCCCACAGCAGAGAGUUGUAAUAGUGAGUAACUGUGAAUAAAGUGUUGAUUGCCCU